AUGUCUGACGCUACAUCCUCCAAGCUGCAAAUCUUCUCUAUCCAGGACCUCAAGCAGGCCGCAUCGGACAAGAUGUCUCAGAUGUACAGAGACUACUACAACGGCGGGGCCAUGGAUAACAUCACUCUCGCGAGUAAUGAGGCUGCGUUUGACCGGUACUUGCUUCGUCCUCGCGUUCUCCGUAAUGUUUCAAACAUUGACAUGACUACUACCCUCUGGGGCACCAAGGCAGCGCUGCCUCUCGGUGUUUCUCCGUCGGCGAUGCAUCGUCUUGCGCAUGCUGAUGGAGAGGUUGGAACGUCCAAAGCUUGUGCUGCACGCCACGUACCCAUGAUUCUGUCAGCUCUGUCGAACGAUACCCUUGAGGAUGUAUCUGGACAGAGUUCGGAUGGAUCGACGCCCUAUGCUAUUCAGGUUAGCCCGUUUAAGAAUCGGCAGAUCACCACCAACUUGCUCAACCGUGCCAAAGCUGCCGGGUAUAAAGCUGUCGUAUUAACAGUGGACGCUCCCAUGUUUGGAAGGAGAUUGGACGAUCUUCGAAAUGGUUUCAGUGUCCCCCCGGGAUUUAGCUUUCCCAACCUGAGUGCUCAGACUCAGUCUGGGUCUGGCGGACUGGGUGGCGGCAUUCCUGACCUCUCUUUCGACACAGGUGCUACGUGGGAAGAGAAGAUUGCAUGGAUGAAGAGCCAGACUGACCUUGAGCUUUGGGUCAAGGGAGUUACAUCUCCACUAGACGCCCAGAUUGCCAUAGAGCAGGGCGUUGAUGGUAUCAUCAUCUCCAACCACGGAGGUCGACAGCUAGAUACUACCCCAGCAACAAUCGACAUCCUACGUGAGAUUGCACCUAUUGCCAAGGGCAAGACGCGCAUUGCCAUCGAUGGUGGCUUCCGACGUGGCUCUGAUAUCUUCAAGGCUAUUGCACUUGGUGCAGAUUUUGUCUUUGUCGGCAGAAUCGCCAUCUGGGGCCUUGCUUAUGACGGCUCCAACGGUGUUGGUCUGGCUCUUGACCUGCUGAUCAACGAGUUUAAGCUGUGUAUGGGACUUGCUGGAUGUAGCAAGAUUAGCGAUAUUACCCCGGCUCAUCUGUCCCUCUUGAACGCAAAAGGCGUCUUGGAGGGUGUGUACUAG